AUGGAGGGGGCCUGCCCAGAAUCUCAAGGCUUGGAAGAUGAUGAUGAUGACGAUGACAAUGAUGAUGAAUUCAGCUAUCCCUGCCACUUCACACGUCCUCCACCCCAGCGCAAGAGCGAUGACAGCUUGGGUGAGAGUCAGGUGGAGGAUCUGGGAGAACCCUUCCCAUUUUCUCUAAAUCCCAGGCACUCUUACAUGGUGAAAGGUGAAGAAAUGAAAAAUAGAUUAUAUGCCAAGAGGUUGGCCAAGCAUGCACUAGAGCUUGAGAAGGAGUUUCAGGAACCAUUUUACAAAGACACAGAAAUGCCUGGCAACUUGUCUGAAGAUGAGGACCACAGCUGGACCUGUCACCGUCCUGUGCAUCAAAGGUCGCAUGUUCUCCGAACCACGAGUAUGGCACCAUGUGGCUCCUAUGACUCUUUCCAGUGUAGCGUGGGCAAGCACUUGGGGGUGGAUGCCUUUGCCCCAUGGGCCCAUGCCAGUGACCCUUAUCUGGGUUACCCAGAGCGCAUCAGGGGAGCAGAGCCCCACAUGCUGCACGAGGAGGCCAUUGGAGACAGGGAGUUCCCGUCCCUGCAGCUCAGGGAGGAGAACGCCAUGCUCAGGAGGGUGGUCAGGAGCAUGCAGAGCUCCUUGGAGAGCCAGGCGUGCAUGGUGCAGAGGAUGGAGAGGCAGCUGAAGGCCAGCCUGGCCAAAGAGGAGAGGGAUGCCCAAGAACUGCGGUCCUUUGUCCAGUGGACUGAGCGGAGCAUCCAGCUAAUGACCCAGCGGGCUCUGGAGGCAGAAAACAAUGUGGAGAAGCUGAAGCAGGAGAUCUUUAUUCUCCAGGGAGAGCUGGAGAGCUCCAAGACAGAGAAUGAGAACCUGAGAGCGGGCCAAACGACCAACCCGGGGGCAGUGAAGCACAACAUAGACUUCGCCUUGCAGAACCUCCACAAGAUAAUAACAGGUGCAAACUGGUCCAUCAGACAGCUCACCUCUGGAGCAGAGUCGCUGCAUUUUGUUGCCGAGGUCCUUAAAUCUACCGGCAAAAUUUCUGAAGUUGAAGCAGAAAAAGAGCUAUGA